GGUCGCUCGUCACCAUGACAACCAUUCCACGCUGAGACAGCUUGGUAGCUAAGGCAACAGCCGUAGGACACAGCUUGGAGGAAGGAUCGUGCAAUCACCGGAGACGCGGAGCCCCGGGGACAGCGCCGCCUGGAUGUGAUAUUAUGGAAAUAUAGCUAUUGGUCAAGGUGCUUUAGGCUGACAAGAAUGCCAACGAAAAGUGCCAAAUCUAAGAGCUCAGCAAAGUCCCACAGAAAAGGAAAGAAGUCAAAGAAAUCAAAGAAAAGUAAAGAACCUAAACCUGAGGUGGACAUCCUUAGUCCAGCCGCCAUGCUGAAUGCUUACUACAUUUCCCAUAAUGCUGUGGACUGCCUGGAAUUUCGAGGAUUUGGCUGGUCUGGAGCUCCAAAAAAGAAAGGAAAAAAGGGAAAAGGAAAGAAAAAGAAAUAGUUCUCACCAAUCACAAUAACGUCUCAUGAGCGUUUGGUGCCAAAUAUGAAAAACCUUUGUUUAUAGAAUUUGUGCCCAGUUUACAUUGGUAGUUAUUAGUAGGAUUACCAUUGUACGUUAGUUUUUUUUUAGUUUUUUUAACUGGAUCUAUGUGAGAACAUUAAAAUUGUGAGGAGUUGCCAACGUAAUAUGCAUAUCUGUAAAUGUGUGACUUAGCAUCUCUGUGGGAGUAUAUAAAAAUCUAUAAA